AGGAAGUAAAAACGGAGUCCAGCCGUUUACCGGCCUUUUUAACCAUGCGGCAUUUCCCAUCAAAGUUUUAAUGUCUAUAGAGGAGGACACCGAAACAAUGGAGCCACAGACAAAGCGCUGGAAAGGGCCGGUGUGUGACACCGACUCCUGGGUGGCUUAUCCUGUACUGUCAGAUGAGCAGUCACAAGACGUCGAGCUGAUAGAGGCGUUCGCUGCACCCAUUGUCAACAAGAAAGAGACGUCUCGACUUGUCAGGGAGCUGAACAGCCUCUACCCCUUAAACGGCCUCCAGCACGUCAAGAGGGUGCGAGCGUGCAAGGAGAAGGGCGGCCCUCACCCCCUGGAGGUCCUGCUGUGCCUCGUCAGCGAGGCGCCACACGUGAAGGAGGUCAGCGUGGAGUCUCUGCUGCCCUCGGGUGAAGUUAGACAUGACGGAUUAGGUGAGCCUUUUGUGGUGAAGGUCCCCGCUCGUCCCCCCUUGACGCGACCCCAGUUUGAGCUGGCGAGCAAACACUGGCCCACUUCCUUUCACGAAGACAAACAGGUGACCGUCGCCCUGAGGGGAGAGCUCUUCAGCUCGCCUCAGAAAGCCAGGAUGCACAUGUACAUGACGUCUGCUCUGACUGCUGCCAAACAGGGCAAGGAGUUAGGGAUGGAGGCGGUGGGGGCCUCAGUGGUCGACCCGGCGACGGAGAGGAUCGUCGCGGUGGGCCACGACUGCCGAGGCGACCACCCUCUUCAUCACGCGGUCAUGGUCUGCAUCGACCUUGUGGCUCGGAGUCAGGGUGGUGGGGGUUACCGCUUUGACAGAUACCCUGCUUGCCACUAUUCAUCGCCCAGAUCCAUCUCUACCUCAGAUACCUCUCAAAACACGCCUGACGCUCAGCCGUACAUAUGCACCGGAUAUGACCUUUACGUGACCAGAGAACCUUGCGUCAUGUGCGCCAUGGCGCUGGUCCACUCCCGGAUCGGUCGUGUGUUCUACGGGAGCGCCUUCGCUGACGGGGCUUUAGGGACCAAAUAUAAAAUCCACUCACAGAAAGAUUUGAACCAUCGUUUCGAGGUUUAUAAAGGAGUCUUGGGGAAGCAGUGUGAAGAUCUCAACACGCUGGAUGAAAGUUUAGUGGGAAACAGGAAAUAAAUGUGUCUGAUCAGCAGGACGAGAUCUGAUUAUCAUGAUGUUUCACAUAAGUGUUUAUUUUAAAUAAAGUUUUUAAUCUUG